GCCAAGAAAACCCCAUGACAGGUUCUCCUUACCCAUAAGUUGGGAGUGACUCAAAGUCACACAACAGCAAGUUCUAAUGUCACAUUUGUGUCCUUCUAUCCUCUUGUGUGCGGACUGUCAUGUUUGCCCAAUGGAGAGUGUAGAGGAGCAUUACUGGCAUAGGAUGGUAUAGGUCACGUUGGAGGAAGAAGUUUCUUGCCUGUGAAAUCUGUGCUCUGAGGAACUGCUGCCUUUACCUCUGGCCGACAUGGGGGCCUCUGAGAGCUGCCCGGCAACACCCACCUCCAGACCUUUGAUUAAUAAGCACCUGGCAUAUGUCAAUGAUCCACGAUCACCUACAGCUGGGAUCUUGAGAACUCCCAUAGAGGUAGAAAGUUCACCUCAGCAGAGUUCCCUGACUCACCUAAAUGAAGAUGACACAGUCACCAGUAAACAGAAUUUGAGCUGGGAUCCUCGCUCCCCAACGCCUGGUAUCUCACGCACCCCUAUGAAAGCUGUGAUGGCUGAUACCCUACAGUGCCCGGUAAAGCAGCUCAGUGAAGUCUUUAUAGCAGAACACAUGGAGGAGAAACUGUCUUUAGAGGAAUCUCAUCAUCAGGGCCAGCGGCUUGACAUAUCUUGUGUGGCAGAAGUGGCCUCAGGAGAGAGAACAUAUGUGGAAGCACCACAGGGGGAUCUCCUGUGUGUAGAAGAGGAGAGAAAUGAGCAGCCUCUCACCAGUGUUGCAGCUGUAUCAAAACCAGCUCCUCUUGCCCUUUAUUCUACAGGGAGCAAGUCAAUGAGGCGCAGGACCAAUAGCAAAAUGCUGAUAGCAUCGACAGGUGCUGGGCGGUCUCCUCUUAGUAUCCUGCAGGAUGACAAUUCCCCAAAUCCCCUUGCUUCUCAUCAGGGUAAAAUAAGUUUAUCAGUAGUAGAUGGCCAAGGAGAACGCAAGGAGGGAGUGUUCAGCUCUGGAAGAAUCCUGAAAGCUGGUGGCUGUAGCUGGGAUUCCUUAAACAAAGAGAAUCAGCGACAUCACUUGUUGGAAAAUUAGUUGCUCUCAGAUGCUCCAGUAAUUACUGCCCUGUGGCAAGGAAAUGUCAAACACUUGCAGGUGAAAUUACGGUAACCUAGCUUUGCCUCCUUGGCAGUUUGGCUUACUCCUUGCCACUUCUGUCUUAGACAAAGAAGGAAAUAGUCUAUAUAUUCCAUCAAUAGUUUUGUAUUUAUGUUUAAUCAUGUACAGAUUCUUAUAUUUAGCUUUUUUUUAAAAUGCCUUUACUGCCAAAUCUCUGUGUGGUCUGUCUGGAAAAUAAACUUGACUAUAGAAUA